UGGUCUGGGACACCAUCGAUCCAGCCGACGAAUAUCCAGCCUGCUGACGGAUAGACAAGGAUGCCAGAUACCCACGACUUUUCCGACAUCAUCGGCUCGGCUGCCGCUUCGUCGAUCGACCGAUACAUCAAGGACAAGAAGGUCGGCGAAGGCACCUUCGCUGUCGUCUAUCUCGGCUUCGAAAAGUCUUCGAAACGCAAGGUCGCCAUCAAGAAAAUCAAGGUGGCCACAGGAUCACACAACGGCAUGGAUCUCUCGGCCAUUCGUGAGCUCCGGUGUUUGCAAGAACUCAAACAUCCAAAUGUCAUCGAGCUGAUCGAUGUGUUCUCGCACAAGACCAACAUCAAUCUGGUGCUGGAGUAUCUCGAUGCCGACCUUGAGACGCUAAUCAAAAACAAGAGCGUCGUCUUCAGCGCAGCCGAUGUCAAGAGCUGGAUGCUCAUGACGAUUCGAGGAGUCGCCCACUGUCACAAGAGCAACAUAUUGCAUCGGGAUCUGAAGCCCAAUAACUUGCUGUUGGCGAGCGACGGCGUGCUCAAGCUUGCCGAUUUUGGCCUGGCCAGAGAAUAUGCAGAUCCCGACCGAGCCAUGUCCCCACAGGUCGUUACGAGAUGGUAUCGGUCCCCCGAGCUGUUGCUUGGCGCCCCGUAUUACUGCGGAGCAGUCGACAUGUGGUCGGUCGGCUGUAUAUUUGCCGAGCUCAUGAUCCGGAACCCGUAUGUUGCAGCCGAGACCGACAUUGGCCAGCUGACGAAAAUCUUUGAGGCACGCGGAACUCCUACCGAAACGGACUGGCCGGGCGUCAAAGAGCUGCCGGGAUGGGCACUCGCCGAACCCAAGGCCCCGAUUCCCAAGCCGCCGCUGCUGUCUCUAUUCUCGGCUGCAGGCGAGGAUGUUCUCGAUCUGCUGGAGAGCAUGCUGAUAUAUGACCCGCUGAAACGCAUUACUGCCAAUGAUGCCCUCGCACAUCGAUACUUUACCAACCUGCCGCGGCCCACGGCGCCAGAGCGCCUCCCCAGAAUGAGAGAUUCUUCACACGCCGCUGAUGAAUCCAAGCCCACCCACAAGAGAAAGGCCGACGACAGCUUUGCGAUAUCCGAAGACGGUAUCAGAAAGAUUGCCAAGCGACUCUUUGUCUAGAGCGCGCUGGCUCGGCAGUCACUGUGCCUCGAUCAGAAAAUUUCGGCCCGAUGGAUCGGGACAGGGGGCCGCCCAUCCCCACAGCUGAGUACCGUCAUGAACAUUC